AGGGAGCUGUGUGGCUGCAUCGAGCCGCCCCCCUAUGGAAACAUCCAAUGGCACUCAUAUCAUGUAUAAAAACACAAUCUGGAUCGAAAGUGCCAACAACACUGGCAACAUCAUCACCAGGGACCGCACGAUCAAUGUGGAAUUUGCGUGUGCUUAUGAGCUGGAUAUCAAGAUCUCCUUGGAUUCUGUUGUGAAGCCUAUGCUAAGUGUAAUUAACCUGACAGUUCCAACCCAAGAAGGCAGCUUCACCACCAAGAUGGCUCUCUACAAAAAUGCCUCCUACAAACAUCCUUACCGCCAGGGUGAAGUAGUGUUGACGACUCGAGAUGUGCUGUAUGUAGGGGUUUUUGUGGUUGGAGCUGACUCCACACAUUUAAUCCUAACGCUCACAAAUGCUAUGCCACACCCUCCCGAGAUAGCAAUGAUAAGCUCCGAUAUUUCAUCAUCGAAGGAGGGUGAGUAACCUCUUUAUAGACAACAGUCUCAGAGCUUCAGGUAUAAUAUUGUCUGCAUCAUUUUUUAAGGAAGGGAAUGGAAACUAAUAUUUGUUGGCUGCCUACAAGGCCAGCAUUUUGCAUUUAUUAAUUCAUCUAAUUCUCAAGGCAACCUAUGAGGUAGAUAUUAUAAGCUUCAUUUUACAGGCAAUCAAGUAACUUGCCUAAAGUCACACAGAAAUAUAGUGGUAGGUACCCCAAGUCCAUGUGACAUUAACUACAUUAACUACAAGAUGCUUU